UUCUCAGAUAGGCCACAGGAUGCAACUAACAUUAACAAAUUACACGUUGAAAUUUCUCAGAAUCAGCUUGAUCUUAAUGGCUACCUGGCGUUCUAACAUAGGCAAUCCUUCAGUGCAUAACGCAAUAUUAAAAUUUUCAAUAAUAGUGCUCAAUCUGAUACCCAUGUACCCCAUUCAAAGACAGUAUGGUUUGCCCUUUAUGAAAUAACGCAUAAAAGGUCACUUUGAAUCCAAUGGCGUUUAAGGCACUUAACGGAUCUGCAAGCAUACCUCUGGGAUUCAGUAAAUGAAAGGUUAUUUGUCUUCAACAUAUUUCUUGAAACAUAAAAAUCGAUAAUGACAAAAUGUUGUGAUUUAAGUUUGUUAAAGGUUGCCUUUUAUUUACUGUUUGGAUUUUCUCCAGACUUGUAGGCGUAACGUCAUGGCGUGGCGUGCACUUGAUGGAUGUCACCGGAGCGGUAUGAACAUUCGUUAGGCUAUGGCAAGGCGGGCGGGCCCAUCUGACGAUCCGCACAGCGUCAAUCGAUUUUGUAACAGAACUGAAGUAUUGUGCAGUGUCAGCGACAAGAUAAGCUCCUUAGGACGGACAUUAUUCUAAGAAGGUGUGCAGGAAGACGCAGUUGAGGCCCAAGGCGUUGAUACAGCUUAACCAUUGCGUGCCGUGCUGACCAUGAACAACUUUACCAACGCAUCUAACAGCACAACCGACCGAGAUGUCGAACUGCUCAAGCAAACCGUCCCCGUCAUCGUUGUCUUCGCCAUCGUCUACUUUAUAACGUUUGCCUUCUGUGUGGUAGGAAACACCAUCAUUUGCCUCGUGAUUGUCAAGAUUCCCCGCAUGCGAAAUGUGACGAACUGUUUCAUAUUGAACCUGGCUGUGAGUGAUCUGCUUGUGGCUGUCUUCUGUAUGCCCUUCACUCUGGUGGACGAUGUUGUUAUGGGGUGGCCAUUUGGUCCAGUCAUGUGCAAGAUAACACCGGCCGUCCAAGUGGUGUCUGUGGCAGUGUCGGUCUUCACACUUGUCGCUAUCGCCAUAGACAGAUACUGCUCCGUCAUCUACCCCAACGAGCCAAGUUUCAUAUCGAACUACAACGUGCACGUGAUCGUCCUCAUCUGGCUGCUGGGCUCCAUCCUUUCCAUUCCGCAUUUCGUGGUCAUGCAGGAAGUCCCGGCAGUCGACCUGGAGGUGACCGUCUGCACAGAAAGCUGGUGGAACGGCAGUAGGAAACCCUUCACCACCACUCUCCUGGUCGUGCUGUACAUCGCACCGCUCUGCCUCAUCGUGUACCUGUACUUCCGGAUCGGCUGCAAGGUGUGGUGUAAGCCCAUCCCGGGAGGCAGCCGGGAAGCCGGCCUGAAGAAGAAGUUCCGGGUCAUCAAGAUGCUGUUUGUGGUGGUGAUGCUCUUCGCGCUGUCCUGGAUCCCCCUCCACACCAUCAUGAUGCUGGACGACUACGGCAACCUCCAGCAGUACCAGCAGCACAUCGUGUACUACUACAUCUACCCCGUGUCCCACUGGCUGGUGUACAUGCACAGCUCGGUCAACCCUAUCAUCUACGGCUAUUACAACAGUAGCUUCAGAAAGGGCAUGACCACGCUCAUGUCGUCCAUGUGCCGAGAAAACAAAAUGACCACUUCUGCCGGAGAGAGUAGAAAACCAGACGACGUUGAGCUCGCGGCAGUUCACAUCGACUCAAAAUAGAUAACUUUAAGGCAGAAAAUCCAAAUGCAAGGUUUUGGCAUACAAUGGUGACAUUUAUGUCCUUGAACUGGUUUCCUCUAUGGCCAUAGAGGAAAUGACAGCUUUGAAUAUGUAAUAUGAGUUAAGUUGCAUUAACUUGCCUGCAUACCCGUUAGAUAUGCACAGAGGCUAGAAUAUUGCACAAAGAUGAUAAAUGUAAAUAAACACCUUUUACGGUAUAGAUUUGUAGCGCGAUAUUUACUGAAUAUCAUAGCUGUCGGAAAUCUCUAUAGACUAGAAACAGUUUUUGUCGUCGACUUUAAGAACGGAAUAUUGUAUAUUGUAAAUAGAAGAUCAACUCCCUUUUGGACUAGGGCUGACAUUUGGUGACUAUAAUAUUAGCCGCCAUACUGGUGGUAGGAUGUACAGUACUGUUUGGUAGAUUGGCGACCGACAUGUGUCAGGACAACUUUAAUUUUCCAUUAAUAAUUGUUGUUAUUGACCAAUAUUGCUAGCCUUAACAUGAGUAUCAAUAUCCUUAUGAUGUGUGUC